UGUCAAACUUGUCAAAGUGUUGUUUAGCAAUAGCAAUCGUCUGAGCUGGUUGAGUAGAAGAUUUUUCUGGAAAGUGAUCUCCUAUCUGAGGAUAUUUUGCAUUUAUUUGUGUGAUUCAAGAAUCAUUUAGUUUCCUUUAGUAGACACAGUUAAAACACCAUCAUGGCUCACUACAAGGGAGCAGCAUCUGAGGCUGGCAGGGCUAUGCACCUCAUGAAGAAAAGAGAGAAAGCCCAACAAGAAAUAGAACUGCGUAAGAAGAAGAUUGAGGAAGAUUUGAAGAUGGUAAACAUUGAGAACAAGUUCGCUACACACUACGAUGCCGUGGAACAACAAUUGAAGAGUUCCACGAUUGGUCUUGUUACCCUUGAUGAGAUGAAAGCCAAACAGGAACACAUAGUCAGGGAACGAGAGAAGAAAUUAGCACAGAAGAAAGCAGAGAAGGAAAAGGAAAGGCAGAAGGAGAUCGAAGCUAAACAAGCACAGAAAAAUAAACAAAAGAGACAGAUUCAAGCUUUAUCAUUUGACUUAAAUGAAGAAGAAGAAGAAGAGGAGGUGGAACCUGAUGCUGCAGAGGAAUCUUCAGCGGAUGAGAAACCACCAACUGAAGACAAAAGUUGGAGGGACAAGGAAGAGCCAGUGUACAAAAAAAUUAAAAAGAAUCCAGAUGUGGAUACAUCAUUCCUGCCGGACAGAGAAAGAGAGGAAGCCGACUUGAAGUUACGAGAAGAACUUCGUUUGGAGUGGGUGAUGACACAGGCAAGCCUCAAAGAUGAGCCCAUCACAGUUACAUUCAGCUACUGGGAUGGGUCCGGUCACAGGCGAAAUGUUACCUUGAAAAAAGGUAAUUCCAUAUACCAAUUCCUUCAGAGAUGCCUCGAUACUCUUCGACCUGAGUUCAGUGAACUCAAAACUGUAUCGGCAGACCAGCUUAUGUAUGUCAAGGAAGAUCUCAUUUUACCUCACCAUUACACAUUCUAUGAUUUUAUAGUUACUAAGGCCAGAGGAAAAAGCGGUCCUCUAUUCCAAUUUGAUGCUUCUGAUGAUGUCAGACUUGUAAACGAUGCUACACAAGAAAAACAGGAUUCCCAUGCCGGAAAAGUACUACUGAGAUCCUGGUAUGAAAGAAACAAGCACAUCUUCCCUGCUUCAAGAUGGGAGCCCUAUGAUCCGACGAAAACAUAUUCCAAAUACACAAUCAAGGGAAAAUGAAGCCGCCUACAUACCUUAUAAUAAGUUACCAUGAAGCAAUCAGUUGGACGAUAAAAUGCAAUAAUACCAACGAAUGUUAUAAAUAAAUUAUGUGUAUUUGUAGUUAUACAA